GACUGUCACUUCAAACAAUCGUCAGAAGAUUAGCAUCAUGUACCGCAACGUUAUGGCAUCUAAUUGUGUCCUGUCCCUUCUUUUAGUUUCGGCGGCGGUGGUGAACGCAGAAGUGAAGGAGAGACACUCGUCUUAUUCCUGCUGUGAAAUCCCGACAUUUCAGAUCAACAAACACGCUGAAACCACAUGGAGCACCAAUGACACGACGUUUGCCGUCUCCAGCGGUGCGUCCACCGCGUGCCGUCCUCCGUGCGUGAAGCUCGAAGACGGACGGAUGACGGUGGAUGAAUGUGUGAAUAUAACCGUCACCGUGGUGUCCACCACCGAGAAGGACGUGGCUACGGAGGAGAGGAUCCACUACUACGGCCAGCCGUGCUCUAAAUCUCCAUCAUCUCCAUCAUCUCCAUCAUCUCCAUCAUCUCCAUCAUCUCCAUCAUCUCCAUCAUCUCCAUCAUCUCCAUCAGGCAUGAUAAAACCUGGAAACCAGGGUGGAGCUCGUGCUGCAGGGUCGGUCGGUUUGUUGCUGCUGGCGUUGGCGAUCGCCGGAUUGAUCGUGACGUAGACGACGUGCCAAGUUCGUGUCGUCAAACUCAGAGACGGUCUGAGACGCUGCUGAUCCUGGUUCAGGUUUUACUUUCACUGAAUGUACUGUGCUUUUCGCUUGCUGCCCUCUGCACUUUAUUAGAAGCAAUACAUACUCACAUAGAAUAUACUGUAGAUAGAUGGAUUUUUCCUUUUUGGGAAGUGGUCCUCACUGCCUCGCCAUGCCGUGCCUUGCAGACAGUGUUACUCAUCAUGAAAUGUGUAUUUAUACUUUUUAUAUUUAAUUCCUUAGAAGUGUCAAGCUCUAGUUAUUUAUCCUCUGUCUUCCAUUGCGGCAGCUUAGCUCGUUUUUUAGCCUCCUGUUGUCAAUCCUUUACGUCCAAUUUGCACUUGAGGGCUUGUGGGAAAUUUAGAGAAACAUAUUAUGCAAAUAAUAUAUCAACAUUUCACUGACUGGUGCUUCUCUCAGGGCUGUAUUUACUAAGAAAUGUACAGAGAUGCAGUUUAUUAUUCAGACUUAUUCUGCAAAUCAAGACAAUUUUUCUAGUAUAAUUAACCGGGGGAAAACCCAUCAAAUGUUCCUCUUUUGUUCUCACAUUAAAAAUGCAUUUAUACAAAUACUAAUACUAGUUGUUUACAUCGGUGCUGGAGCGUUUUUAAUCAAACGUCUUAGUAAAUACAGCCCCGGAUGUCUCACUCCCACCAGAUCUACACCAACGAAGCUUUAAGCUAGUUCGCCAGCAAACACCGAAACACCUUAGUACAGUUUUUAAAAAAGAUUAU